UAGCAUUUACAGCUGGUAGAGUCAAAGAGUGAUUAGAGAUGCAGGCUGAUACGGUGUCAAAACAUUUCAUUGCCUCGGGUGUCCAGCUUGUUGCUGAUGUUUUGACUAGUCUCCUGUCCAGCAGCUGGGAAAUGGGAGAUAGCUUUUCUCCAGAGGAAACCCAGGAUGAGGGAAGCAGCUCGUCUUCAGAGGACACGCAGUGGACCCCGUUGCGUUGGUCAAGAUCCAGCAUGAAGUCAGAGAUAAAGCGCCUUCAGACAUUUCAGCUCUGGCCCACGAGCGUUCCUGUUUCUCCAGCUGAACUGGCAGCUGCCGGUUUUUAUUUUGUCGGUCCUGCUGACACUGUCCAGUGUUUCUGCUGUGGCGGGUCGUUGUAUAAUUGGGUAGCUGAAGAGGAUCCCAUGGUAGAGCACAAGAAAUUCUUCCCAUCGUGCCUGUAUAUCCAGGAGAAAACCGUAGGAAAUUGCCCACAGGUGCCUUGGAGCGAAGAACACCUGGACUGUGUAGAUGGCCAAUUUCUUGGCAUGCUGCAAAGUUUAAAUGUGGAGGAGAGCCCUGUAGGUGGCCAGGCAGAAUACCCCUAUAUGGAGACAGAAGAAGAUCGCUUGGUGUCGUUUGAAGACUGGCCAUCUUAUUCUCCGGUGUCUCCUGAAUCGUUGGCCAGAGCUGGCUUUUUCUAUACAGGCCAGCAAGAUCAUGUGCGGUGUUUCUACUGUGAUGGUGCACUGAGGAACUGGGAACAAGGAGACGAUCCCUGGAUAGAGCACGCCAGGUGGUUCCCAAGAUGUACAUUUCUGCUCCAGUCCAGAGGGAGAGAGUUCAUAAGUCACACCCAACAAUCUAAUGUAAUGUUG